AGCGUCAGUAUAGUACCGACAUGUGAGGCGCUAUACAAAAGGAUUAGAUAGAUGCAUGAAAUUGUUUGACCAACGGUUUAAUUCGUGAAAUACUUGCACCUCAAGGUCAAUUUUUGUCCAUUUUGCGGAUCAGACCCCGGAUCCCCGACCUCUUUCAGUUCAAGCCGAACAAACGCGACAGGGAGAGAGAGAGAGGAGAGCGGAGAGGGGAAGGCGAUGGGGGCGGCGAAGAGAAGCGGGGGUCAGAAGGGGCUCCUCUGGAGGCUGCCGGAGGUAACCUCAAGGGAGCUCGGCAAGAUCGGCCCCGCCUUCGGGCUCGGCAUCGGCUGCGGCGCCGGCGCCGGAGUCGGCUUCUUCGGCGGUGCAGGAUUAGGUUAUGGAUUUCCUGGACUCACUUUAGGCUUUGGAGUUGGAGCUGGCUGUGGUAUAGGAUUUGGUUUUGGUUAUGGCUUGGGCAAAGGAAUUGCUUAUGAUGAUAAGAAAAGUCAUUCAAACAUUGGUAAAAUGUUUCAGGAAACUCCAAAUCUGCCUAAGGACACCAUUGCUGGUUUGUUUGACGAGUUGGUCGUAAACACCAAAAAGCUUGCCACCGCAACUUCAAAACAAAUUGAAAAAUGGCACUGAGCUGCACCACCAUAUAUGGCUGCUGCUAUUUGCUAUCUUAGAUGGUGAUUAGUUGGAUAGAGACUGCCGUGUCACAUUGUAAUAUCCCAUUUUCAACAUUUGUAAGUAGGCUUGUAUUCAAGUAGUGUUCUGAGGUAAUAGUAGAGCUUGUUUUGAAAUUCUGGAAAUGUCGAACAUUGUGGUAGUUAAGAAAGAAAGUUUGAACCGA